CAAAAAAUUAUUUGUCAUUGUAGGUUUGUGAAAAUGUUUUCUGGACAAAGUAUAAGUUUUGGUAAGAUUGAGAAGAAAAUAAAGUGUGAGAUGAUAAAUCUCGGAUCACCCAAGUCCGCAGCUAUAAAGUCAGUUGAUGAAAUUAAGUAUGCUCCUGAACAAGAAAUACCUGAUCUGCAAGGAGACCUCGAUGAUGAUUUUGAUACAAAUUUCCUUUCCUCGGAUUCAGAGGAAAACCUUCCCACUGACCAUGAUGUUGUAGAGAUGGAGGAUUUAUCAGCACGUACAAAUGAUUAUACAGAAAAUUCAGAAAUUUUCUCUGCAGAGUCCACUUCGGGUGAUGAGCAAGAUGUUAGAGAAGAGUCUGAUUUCUCAGAACAAGAAAAGAAAGUCCAAGCAAAAGAGAAGAAGAAAAAGCCUAAGCAAAAGAAAGAUAAGGUCCCAAAAUUGAAUAUUCCAGGAUCUGCGCGCAAGUUGAAAAUCAAGGAGAAAGCUCUACUUACUGGUGUUAUAUCCAAAUAUGCACAAAAAAAUACUGUUGCGACUGUGAAAGAACAAAGCUAACGAUAGCCAGCAUUCACAUUUCUGUUGUGUUAGUAGCAGGGUUUAUUGCUGUUUGGUACACUUCGUCUUCUGUCAAUCUAAGUCUUUGAAGUUCAUUUUUGUAGAUUUAUUUACAUCAGUAUUAAGCUUAGGUUUGUUGAUUUGUUGCUUGUAAAUGUCCGAAUAUGAAUCAAGAUUAGUAAACAUAUCGCGAGUCGCUAAAUUAGUUUACUAUCUCAUUUUUAUUA